UCCCGUGGUGCCCCCUCCCCCUCCCCCUCCUCCUCCUCCUCCUCCUCUUGUCCUCUUCCCCAGAAUUGUGAUCUCUCAGUUAUUUGUGUUAACGCGGUGAUCAUGAGGAGCCACAGUGCAUGUGCUCUCCGCGUUUUCCGGCUGUAGUUCACCCGGCGAAAGCAAAGCGCGUCCCUGCUCCAUCCCUCCCGUAGAGGUAGCGAGUAGCGGCGGCGGAGCGAGCAGCAGCCCCCGGUGCCAUCGAGCAGCACAUUUCUUUUUGUCUGUGCGCUCCGCAGGCUGCUGGCUGUGGGCAUCAACACAUCAUCUCCGCUGCUGGCUACGUUGUUGUAGGAGAGGACCAGGAAGGGCCGAUGAACAAAACACAAAAUCUCCAUGUCUGAUGUUUGAGAGCCUUUCAACAAUCGGAUAUUUAAUCUGAUUUGUUUUUUUGUCAUUCUGCGAGCUUUUUUUGGUUUGUGUUUGACACCAUGGAGUCGGUGGAGAAGGAGUGUGGAGCGCUGGGUGGAUUAUUCCAGGCCAUCGUGAACGACAUGAAGAGCUCUUACCCUGUGUGGGAAGACUUCAGUGCCAAGGCCACAAAACUGCACUCUCAACUCAGGACCACAAUUCUGGCAGCAGUGGCCUUUUUAGAUGCCUUUCAGAAGGUGGCAGACAUGGCUACCAACUCUAGAGGUGCCACCAGGGACGUCGGCUCAGCUCUGACAAGGAUGUGUAUGCGACACCGCAGCAUUGAGACAAAAUUACGCCAAUUCACCAAUGCUCUUAUGGAAAGCCUGGUUACGCCACUCCAGGACAAGAUAGAGGAAUGGAAGAAGACAGCUAAUCAGCUGGACAAAGACCAUGCCAAAGAAUACAAGCGGUCUCGUCAAGAAAUCAAAAGGAAGUCGCUAGAUACCAUAAAACUCCAGAAAAAAGCAAGAAAAGAGCUUUUAGGCCGAGGUAACCUGCGGCCCCAGCUGGACAGUGCCAUGCAGGAUGUGAGUGACUUGUACCUGCUGAUGGAGGAGACGGAGAAGCAGGCAGUGCGCAGAGCCCUCCUGGAAGAGAGAGGCCGUUACUGCACAUUCAUUAACCUGCUGCAGCCUGUGGUGAAUGUAGAGAUCGCCAUGCUGGGAGAGAUAACACAUUUACAGGCCAUUGUUGAUGACCUCACUGUGCUGACUGAAGACCCACACAAGCUGCCACCUGCCAGUGAGCAGGUGAUCCGGGACCUGAAAGGCUCCGACUAUAGCUGGUCCUACCAGACCCCUCCUUCCUCCCCCAGCAGCACCGGCUCCAGGAAGAGCAGCAUGUGCAGUCUCCUCCAGAUGCCCUCUGCAGGAGCCCAUCGGCUCAGCAGCGUCUCCUCCCACGACUCAGGCUUCGUGUCCCAGGAUGCCAACACCCACUCUAAGCCUCCGUCGCCCAUGCCCUCUGACAUCACCAGCCAGAAAUCAACAAGCUCAGCCUCCUCGGAGGCUUCAGAAACCUGCCAGUCUGUCAGCGAGUGCAACUCUCCUACAGCGUUUGGCUCAUGCUCAUCCUUCGGUACCUUUCGCCCUGCUUUCUCUCACACUGGCACCAUCAGGCCUCUCUCUGUCAUACUUCCUGCGUCCCCCACAUUUAACCACUCCCCUGGAUCCAACACCCCCUCACCUACAUCAAAGGUUCCUAGCUGGAAGGAUUGGGCCAAAUCGAGUUCCUGUGAGCCAUCAUUGGCCAGCACUCUGCAUCGCAGGAGGGAGUCUAUGGAUAAGAUGAGAGAACUGGAAGCUCCGCCCAGUCCACUGGGGUAUUCUGGGAUGCAACCAGAUGAUCCACACCGAGCGAGAAUUGGCCCAGGAUCCAUUGCAGCCAAGCACGGUGAGCCGCUCUCUCCAGCAGCCAGUACUCUAGCUAUGGUUCUGACCAGAGGUUUGAGUAUGGAGCAGCAGAAGAGCAGCAGGGACUCUCUGCAGUACUCCAGCGGCUACAGCACCCAGACCAACACCCCCUCCUGCUCUGAAGACACCAUACCCUCACAAGGUUCUGAUUAUGAGUGCUACUCUCUCAAUGGGGAUGCUGACAGUGAAAGACAGGCAGACUUUGACAAGUCCUCCACCAUCCCACGCCACAGUAACAUUGCUCAGAGCUACCGCCGCAUGAUCCAAACCAAGAGGCCGGCCAGUACAGCAGGUCUGCCUGCAGGUAAGACCCUGCAGGGAACUCCAAAUGGUGCAGGGGGAAGCAGCUCCGGAGCCAUCACCUCAGGUACGGCCACCAUUCGCCGGACACCAUCCUCCAAAACUGGAGUGAGACGCACGCCGUCCACAUCUGGUCCCAUUCCCAUCCGGCCCCCCAUCGUACCAGUUAAGACCCCCACAGUGCCAGAUUCUCCGGGGUAUGCCAGCCCGUCCCAGCAUCGUGCGGGCAGCGAGGAGUUUCUGUACGGUGAUGACCCAUCUGCUAGUGACUACAUGAGGGCUUCUCCAAAGCGGAUGAGCCUCCCCGACACAGCUUGGGGUUGUGGGGGAGGAGGGGUGGACAGGACUGUUUACGCCCAGCAGGCCCCCGGCAUGGCCGCCCACAGUGCUGAGGAGGACCCUCUGCUCGCUGCCAACCGCCACAGCCUGGUGGAGAAGAUAGGGGAGCUGGCAGCCGGCGCCCACGCCCUCGGUGAGGGUCCGUUCCCCUACCGCAGCUCACUGCCAGGGGAUCCGACUCAGUGUGUGCCCCAGGAGCUGUCCUCUACGACCCAGGAGGACAUGGAUAUGCUGGUGUCUAUACGCCGGGGGGUGAAGCUCCGCAAGACAGUGACUGACGACAGGUCAGGUCCUAGGAUUCUGCGGUAGCUGAGGCAGAAGAAGGCUGUGAAGAAGCAGCUGUUGUGUGCUUAUUUACAAACUGAAGCUUUGUAGUGAAAUGCAAGAGCACUCAUGUGAUACAUGAACUGAGGUACAAGUAUCAAAGAGGAUGCAACGUGGUGAAUGAAGGCCAGUUCACAGAGUAAUGAGUGACCAUGGACAGUGUCAAGUCAUUUCAUGUCAUGUAUGUAUUGCGUACGUACAAAGUAAUCCUUUUUUUUUUUGGCUUCUUCUUUUUUGUAUUGUUUUCGUCUGUGGGCUUCGUGGCUGUGCAUCUCUGCUCCCUGUGUGACCAGUUGUUUCAGCCCAGUUUGAAGACGUCACUACCGUAGGGAUCGAAUGCUCUGUGUCUUUGUUCUUGCUCUUAUGGUUAUUAUGAUAUUGUGCAUUUCUUUAUUAACACAGCCACCUGUCAGUGAAAGUGAUGGGCGAAGUGCUCUGUGAGCCUGUCUGUAUGUUGUUUCUCAUCAUUACUGUACACAUACCGUAUUACCGUUUUGUUUCAUAAGCUGAACAGCAGCAGUGUAUAUGGCAGUGUUUUUAUUGCUGUACUGUGCUGUCAAUAUAUUCUGCAAUUAAACAGGCUUUUUACUGUUGAAUGGCUUGAUUGUCUUUGUCAGACAAUGUAAUGUGUUUAUUAAUAAAUAGAAUAUUAUACAUCCA